CGACACCUCUCGCAACUCCUCCCGACCGGGCUACGGCGGAGCCUAUCUGAUGGAGUUGCCGCCGCCGCCGCCAUCUUCGUCGACGCCGCAGCAGUGGGCUAUGCUGCGCCGCGUCCCGCAACCAUCCCUCAUCGACUUGAGCCAGGAGGACUUCUCCCUGGCUCUCGCCGCGCCGCCGGACCUCACCCGGCUCUCCAUAUCGAAUAUCAUAACGGACUACGGCGACGCCUUCUCGCUCCGUUCCUUCCCCUUUGUCCUUGCUACUGAUCCAUCCGGCCUUCUUCUCAUCACUGACUCCUACGGCCUCGCCAAGGACCCUCUCGGCGCCGAUAGGCCGAUCUACUUCGUGUGGGACGCGUCCCUGGUCCACACCCACCGCAUCCGCGGCCACCAAGAGUCCGUAAACCACUCCGGCAACGUCGGCUUCAUCGUCACCCCAUCAGGCAGACGCGACCACGAUUUGACGGUCGUGGAGCUCCUGCCCGUGAGCGCCGGCGAAACCAUCACCAUCCUCUGCUACGAGUCCAAGUCCCGCAUCUGGACCAAGAAAACGCUGCAGUCCUCAAUGCCCCGCUAUCCGUGGUCCAGUGCCAAUGUCAUCUCGCACAAGAACAAACUCUGGUGGGUGGAUCUCCGGCACGGUAUCCUUUCGUUCGAUCCCUUGGCUGACAACCCACAGGUUCUCUUCGUGGAAUUUCCAGCAACUAGGACGCGAUUGAUGCGAGGAGAUAUCAGCAAGUAUCGUUGUGUGAACCUGAGUGCUGGCAAUCUGCGAUUUGUGGAGAUGACUGGCAGUGUUCUUGUGCCAAGAGUUGCCGUGUGGACUCUCUAUCCACAGGCUGAGCAUAAGCUUAGUAGAUGGAAGCUGGACUACAAUGUAAAUUUAAAGGAGAUCUGGGUUGACAUGAGUUACAAGGAAACUGGCAUGCCGAAUAAGAGGCCUGUGCUCGCAGGCCUCCACCCUGCUGACCCAGCUGUGGUUUACUUCUUGAGCAAGGGCAAACUCUUUGAAGUCAAUCUGAAUAUCAAGAAGGUUGACAAGUGUAUGGCGUUCCAACCUAGGUCGGCAGACUUGACACAACUAAAUAUAGAUGAGGAGUCCUCACGCUUCCUCACCUGGGAUCUCCCACCAUCGCUAACUUCCUCAUCACAACAAAGGCACGGAAAAGAACCAUCUUCCCGGACGAAUGGAGAAGAGUCACCAACGGCUGCAGCUUUGCGUAUGCUACGCUUGUUCACGAAUGCAUACACUAGCGCAUUUGGUAAAUUGGAGUAUGAUGAGCUUGCUAGGAUUGCAAUUGUACAUCUUAAUGAAAAAUAAAGAAAGAGGAGAAUAAGUUCAUACUAUCUGAACGUCGCGACCUAUGCUCUUUUGAUGAGAAGAAGGAUAUGAAUGCC